CAUCGCACUGAAGAAAGUUCAAUUAUUAGAUACAGACUCGAAGUCGUUAGAGUAGGUUAUUUAUUAAAUUACAAUUAAAUGGAAAAGCCUUCAAAAGGAAAUUUAAAAGUUCCGGGGACUAUUAUAAAUAGUCAAAAUGCUCAGCUACUAACUUCGUCUGGAAUUCAUUCUUUGGACUCUAUAUUGGGAGGCGGUUUGCCCGUGGGGACCGUCAGUAUUAUAGAGGAAGAUAUUUACGGUUCCCAUGCAAAAAUCAUGUUGGACUAUUUCCUCGCUGAGGGAAUCGUCAGCAAACAUUCUACACUAGUCGCCAGUUUUGAUACAAACCCUUAUGACAUAAUCAAAAACCUUCCUGCUGUGAUUACUAAUGAUCCUGAGGAGUGUCCAAUUCGUUCCGAAACCUCAAGUGAGAAAAUGAAAAUAGCAUUCAGAUAUCAGAACUUGCCAACAGCGGAAAAAGAGUCUUAUAGCAUAGGUCACAAUUUUGAUUUGUCCAAAUCUAUGUCACUUGAAGACAUAGAAAAUUCCGACAUUUGUUACUGGAAUGGACAGAGGAAGGAAACUGGUAACAGCAUGUUUGCGAAUCCUGCCUAUAACGAAUUACUGAAAGCUGUGAAAGAGAAAAUCAAAGAAGGGAAAUUCUUUUUAAAAGAUAAUCCCCCUAAUAGGACCAUCCUUCGAAUAGGCAUCCACUCUCUGGGGUCCCCCAUGUGGUUGCCCCACAAGAAUUCAUUCCACUUAAUGAAUGAAAGCCGCGAUUUGGAUAUGUUUAUAUUUUGUCUUAGAGCUCUGGUGAGAUCUGCUUUUGCUGUGGCUGUGAUAACGAUACCAACACAUCUAUAUCAUGAAAACUCUCUCGACAGGUGCAUUCACUCCAGUGACAUUGCAAUGAGACUACAAACGUUCUCUGGAACGGAAUUAGAAAAUAAUUUUAGCCUGUCUGAUUAUCACGGUUUCUUUCAUUUGACUAAAUUAGCAGCGAUCAAUUCGUUUGCGUCAAAACAUCCAGGAUCAGUUGAAUAUGUGUUCAAGUUGAGGAGGAAAAAGUUUCAUAUAGAAAAACUACAUUUGCCUCCAGAUGUGCAGGAGGUUCACGAAAAAAAUGCUACUCCAUCCAUGGGGUGUGGAAGUAGCACGAAACACCUUUUAGAGUUUUAAUUCAUUGAACGGUACCUUUGAUUGAUUACCAGUUAUUUAUUUCAGAGUAUUAUAUUUUUCACGUUUUUAUGUCCAUAAUGAUCAGUGAUGUGAUAUAAUUACUGUAGUGAUAAAUAAAGUACAUGUUUUCGUA